GUUACAUCGAAAGUUUUAUCGAUUACAAUAGUUUCACUGCAAGUAAGCGUGGAAAGUAUAAACUACAUCUGAAGGUUUUGGAUAAUCGAUUUGCCACAAGCCAACUUGCCAGCUUUAAAUACUAUUUCGGACGGAGGAUACCAGUUUUUACAAGGCUUUCUAGUAAUGUACUGCUGGUUUGUAAGAAAAUAUGACGGUCCUUAGCUAUAGCAAUAAUGCCCGGUACUUUUCUGCAUGGAGGACUUUUAUGUUUCGUAUUCCAAGCAAAGGAUAUCACGUAGACAUUCUCCAAGGAGCGAUACAAGUCUAUCCAAUUAGUCAAAGUAUGCGCAUUCACCAUCUUCCACAAACGCAGACCACAUACUUCAAGCUAACUCGUUUGACUCCGGAAGUGAUAAGAAACUACUUCAAAAUGUAGAUUUUCAAUAUUUCCUCCUUUAAUAACAAUAAAAAUUGAGAUACAAC